CGCGCUCAGCAGUUUUGCACUCGAGUUUUUUUUUAAACCGGGGCGACACCGGCCGGCUACUGGCGGCGGUAGCAACCCCCUGGGCAGCGGGCGCGAUGAUGGCCGCCGCGCCGCUCGCGCAGGCACCGCCCUCCUGGCAAGCGGCUUCGCAGCCGAGGCCCGACGUGCCUGCGCAGCACGCGCCGCCCGCGGCGGCCGGGCUGCUGCCCUCUGGGCCGGCGCAGGCCUCUGGAGGUGGCGGCCGCGCCGCCGCCGCGCCGGCCGCGAUCGCCGUGGGCCUCUGCGCGGCCGCGCUCGGGGCGCGGCGCGCGCCGCGCAGGCUGAGGUCGUCCAAGGCCGCUGUGGUCACCUGCGCCUCGGCGAUCAAGACAGCCAAGGACGGUGGCGUGACAACGGAGCAGGCCCCGCACCUGAAGGAGGCGCCGGACAACCUGCCCGAGCUGCGGGCUCAAGCGUGGGAGGAAGUACUCGCCGCCGGGGGCACCUGGCCAGCCCCGAAGAACGACCGGCUCCUGCGCGCGGCGCGGGGCGAGGUGAACGACAGGGCGCCGAAAUGGAUGAUGCGACAGGC